AGGCCAUCUCUACAGCUGUCAGUGUUUGGGACCCCCGAGCUUUAUAUGGAGUAGUUGAGUUGCAAAAGUUAGUCGAGGCAGUAAAAUCAUUAGUUUAAAAGUUGAACUGUCACGAAUUUGGAUUAAUGUGAACUACCGAACGAAAGUGAAAAGCUAGCUGCCAUGACUAUAGUAAUUGGAUUUGAGGGCAGUGCCAAUAAGAUUGGCAUAGGAAUCAUCAGGGAUGGUGAAGUGCUUUCCAACCCUAGACGGACCUACAUUACCCCACCUGGUCAAGGGUUCAUGCCGAGUGACACCGCCAGGCACCACCGUGCUGUCAUACUGACUGUCCUCAAGGAGGCGCUGGAGCAAGCAGGGCUGAAGCCUGCAGACAUCGACUGUGUGGCAUACACCAAAGGUCCUGGUAUGGGUGCCCCCUUGGUGACCGUGGCUCUAGUGGCUCGCACAGUCGCACAGCUUUGGGGGAAGCCGCUCCUCGGUGUCAACCACUGCAUUGGACACAUUGAGAUGGGCCGACUCAUCACAAAAGCCAACAACCCCACUGUGCUUUAUGUUAGUGGAGGGAACACACAGGUUAUUGCAUACUCUGAGCAGCGGUACAGAAUAUUUGGGGAGACCAUCGACAUCGCAGUUGGCAACUGUUUGGACAGGUUCGCUAGAGUUAUAAAGAUUUCCAAUGACCCCAGUCCAGGCUACAACAUAGAGCAGAUGGCCAAAAAAGGGAGUCAGUAUGUGGAGCUGCCAUAUACAGUAAAAGGAAUGGACGUCUCAUUUUCUGGGAUUUUAUCCUACAUUGAGGAAGCUUCUCAUAAGAUGCUGAGCUCUGGUCAGUGUGCAGCAGAGGACCUGUGUUUCUCCCUGCAGGAGACCGUGUUCUCCAUGCUGGUGGAGAUCACAGAGAGGGCUAUGGCUCACUGCGGCUCCCGAGAGGUCCUCAUCGUUGGGGGCGUUGGCUGUAACCUGCGUCUGCAGGAGAUGAUGGGGGUGAUGUGCAAGGAGAGAGGAGCCAAGCUGUUUGCCACAGAUGAACGAUUCUGCAUAGACAACGGAGCAAUGAUUGCUCAAGCCGGCUGGGAGAUGUUUAGGUCUGGUCAAGUGACGGAGCUGGAAGACUCAUGGAUUACACAAAGGUACAGAACAGAUGAGGUGGAGGUGACAUGGAGAGACUGACUGAGCAACGUCGUGGUGCUACGUAUGUUGUUGCAGCAGGUCUGCUAUGACAGGUGGUAUAGAACUCCUGGCUUCUGAAGAGACACUUCAACUCUGGGAAAGUUAAGCACUUUGCUUAAAAGAAGCAAUUUUUUUCUUUCCCUGCUCACCUGCAUUACAAGGCAACUUCAAGGUAUUUUGAUUUUCAAAUUUUGGAGAAUUGUGCUACCCACAAAUGUUUCAGGUUAACUACACACCCCUACAUCGUUUCUUCUGACCAGUAGGGGUGGUGGCGAGGGCACGUUAAGUCAUUAAUGGUGAGCUCAACUCUGCCUUGCUGGACCGCUGUUGAUAAGGAGCAACUUUUGUCACUUCCUGCACACCAUAGUUCCCUGAUAGUAACCAUUCACCAGAAACAAAGCUGAAUGCAGAGGUCAAUGAAGAGUUAGAGAUGAGUAAACGUUUCUUGAUAUACCCAUUUUUCUGUACUACAUUUAAAACACUGUUUAAUGCAUCUUUUCUCCAUAAAAAUCUCAGGCACUAUAAUUUGGUGUCAAAGAUACAGAUUUACUGUUUAUGUUCAGUUACAAAUUGCUUAUUGUCAGUUAUCGUGCACAUUUUAAUGUCAAAGAGGGAAACAUUAAUAGAAACAUGUGAUUUUUGAACCUGUACAGCAGUAAAUUUGAACUUCAAAUAAUAAAAAUGUCUAAGAUGGAA